GAGGGGGAGGUGUGUGGCUCCUCCUCACUCUGUGUGUGCUCUCUUCCUCUCGCUUUUUAGUGUGGUCCUCAUUCACUCACUCAGAAAAGGUUGAGAGAGGGUCUCUCAGCAAGAGAAGGGUAAUAAAAAGGGGAUUGUUUGAACGAGAGAGACUGUGUAAACAAAGGGAACUGGGUUGUGUUCUUGGGGACUCUUAUCACCUGUCUUCAACACACCACUCCUGCAGCACUAUAGGACUCCUGGAUGGAGAGGCAGCAGGGAGAGGUAAAUGGAGAUCGCCUGGAGCGCCUAGAUCCACUCUGUGACUCAGAGAGAAAGAUGAUCAAGGACACCUGGGCCAAAGUCUACCAGAACUGUGAUGAUGUCGGGGUGGCCAUUCUCAUCAGGCUCUUUGUGAACUUCCCCUCCUCCAAGCAGUACUUUAGCCAGUUCCAACGGGUGGAGGACCCUAAGGAGCUGGAGAAGAGUGCCCAGCUCAAGAAGCACUCCCGCAGGGUGAUGACCGCCAUCAACACCCUGGUGGAGAACCUCCAUGACGGGGACAAGAUGGUGUCUGUUCUGAAGCUGCUGGGCAAGGCCCAUGCACUCAGACACAAGGUGGAGCCUGUCUACUUCAAGAUCCUGUGUGGGGUGAUUCUGGAGGUGCUGGUUAAAGACUUUCCUGAUUACAUCACUCCAGAGGUGGCAGUGGCGUGGACCAAACUGCUGGAUGCCGUCUACUGGCACGUGAAAGGCGUGUAUGAGGAGGUGGGCUGGGCCUCCAGCUCUGCUGUGUGAACCAUCUGUCUGUCUGGGUCAAAGUAACCGUCAGGGACUACUGUGGACUCCCGGAGACUGACUACUACUGGGCCUUGGCUUAGGAGCAGGACGAUCUACGUCUGACAAUUCAAGGAAAGAAAUGUAUCUUUCCAGGGCUCAUAGAAUCUUCCUAUGUAUCAUCAUGGCUCCCUCCCUGUAUCUUUCCCAUGCCCCCACUGUGGGGUGUGUUCUUCUGAUGGACUCUCUUAUGAAUGAUGGGGUGGUGGUUUGUGCUGACUUUGGUUGGAAUGUGUGUGAAUAGCCAUAUGUGUGUAUGCAUUUAUGUUUGAGGUAGAGCAUAAGCCCUACACAGACUGAUAAGAAUCUUGGAUGUCUCUUCAGCUACAUUGCCAUGAGAUUAUGUUGAAGAUUGAGGAUUGGCAGACAUAAGAACUGUAUUAUGUCAUUGAGACAGUCUAAACGUA